CUGAGAUGUAGGUCUAAAGGUGGGGGAAAAUACCGUCCCAACUACACUAUUACGUCUUCGUUCUGUCAAGCGUUUUAUGAUACCUCGCUUAUUCGAACGCAGAACGCGCUGAAGCCGAAAGUUCAUUGAUUGUUGACCUCAUCACCAGUCUGUCGGACCAUGGCCGUCAUUAAGUUCACGUGUAACAACACCAUGGCUAACGGGACGCUGCAACUGGUCAUCAACUUACCGGAACAACCCGCGGGGGCCAAUUCCACAACUGUACAAGAUUCUAUGGGCGCCAUGCGGUUCACCAUAGCAGUGGUCUUGGUGUACGGAGUUGGUGUGAUUGGUUUGUUGGGAAUUUCUGCUAGAAGAAACCGGAGGCUUGAGUUAAUGGACAAAGAAGUCAACAAAUUCAUCAAAAGUAAACUUUCUAAAUACGAGGAAAGAAAUAACAGGAAAUCCAAAAAGACCGUAUCAAAGCUUAUAUCUUCAUUACAUUCAAUCAUACAAACUGAUGAAACCGGAAGUCGUACCAUGCCCAAACUUAAACUUCCGUUUUCCAACAAGCUACGGCCACUACUGGGCAGGGCCAAUUCAUGGUCAGAAACAACGUCUCGAGUCCCAGACACCAGGCCGUCUUUGGCUGUUGGCCCAGCGAAGAGCUGCCUGAAAGAAACUGUAGAAAUACAUCCGUGUAUUCCACUCUGUCAGACUGGCCCGAAUGUAGUGUUACAUUCUCGAGAUGCUAGCAGUGAUUAUAGAAUAGUGGAGGAGCUGGAAAGUGGAGAGUAGAGAGUAUUGCAAGUUAGAGAGUGGAGAAAUUUUGAGAAUAAAGAAAUAGAUAGCGAUUAUAUUAUAUAUUUAUAUAGAGACUGUACAUUGAAAAGUUCGAUCAUCUUACUAGCGUAAGGACAAUAUAAUGUUGGCACAAAUAGAGAAUGUACAUUUAAAAAGUCGAAACAGCUUGUGUGUGGACAAUGGCAGUUGGUACAAAAAGAGACUGGACUGUUGAAAAGUUGAAAUAGCUAGCCUAGUUUGUAAACAUUAUAAAAAAAAUUAGUACAAUACUUCAAUACGCUAGAGACUGGACGAUUGAAACGUUGGUACAGUUGUAGUGUGGGAAAUUAAAAACUUGGCACAUGUAUAUAUUAGAAAUAGUAAUUAGAAUAUAAUAAGUUCUGUAAACGGAACAAUUAAACAGUUGAUAUAGUUUAAGUAAAAACUAUAAAUGUGGUACUUGCAAAAUGUGUACUUGCAAAUAAAAAAAAAUUAUAAUGACGACAGAAAAUUCGGUAAUAUUGUUAAACAAGCUACUAGACAAUUGGGGAAAUUGCUUAUUUGUUGUGUAAGUGUAAGCUUGAAAACAGGAGAGGACUAGGGACUAGAAUGCGUUUAUAAUUAUACAUUAGGAUAAAUAAAUAUUAAUAUGGUGUCUUUAACUUUAAUACUUUGUGAGCCCAUGAGCUGGCAUUGGAGUGGCUGUACCCAACUUGUGUAGUGUUGCUUGUUUAGUGAACCUACACAUCGCUUAUUUUAAGUGCACCAUAGUCUGCAUCAUUUUUAUAGCAUACCAAAGUAGCCAACCUAUAUCUUUGUUUUUAAAAAGUUUUAAUCAUUGCCCCAUGUGUUCCUUUCUCUUUUCACGACAAAUUACUUUACCGGAUUACACAUUAUACUGGAGAGUAAAAAAAUAAAAUAAAUGAUUACCUUUAUUUAACAUUUUAUUAAUAUACAGUACACAGUGUAGUACAUGGGCAGUGCGCACAUGUAAUUAAUGUUAACUGUAAUCAAUACAUUAAUUAAGCACGAAUUUUAUUUUUAUUAUUGUUUAACUUAAGACAUUUUAGUUUUUAUUUAUACUGCUAGCUUAAUUAAAUUAAUUAGAAGCUGAGAAAUAUUUUUUUUUCAGUUUUUUAAUCAGGCUGAUAACAAAAAGUUUUAGUAAAUGGGAGACAACACCAGGACAAAAGAAUAGAAACAACAAAAUGAUAUUUAAUGACAGAUCAGUAUGAACAUUACAGGGACCCCCCCCCCCCUCCCACGGUCGCCCCUGCUUCUGGCCAUCGGUAGACACAAUGUCAACCUUUGACCUCGCAGCUGACAAUGUAGCACAGUAAACUAAGCAGUCAAAAGAAACCGAGUUGCACACCCUAUUUUAGUCUAGCUCUUAUGCGAUUUUACUUUCUCCAUUUAAUUACUAUGUAUACAAUUGAUGUUCAUGUCUUUGAAACUGUGUAAA